AUGGAUGUCCCUGAGCAGGGGGUGAGGUUGGCAGAGGGCCGAGACACCAUGAGAGAGCUCCUCUUACUGCUUGUGCUCUGGGCAGGGCUGGCUCCCACCCAGGGUUCUCAAGGCCGUCCCUCAUGGCGUUACGUCUCCUCUGAGGUGGUCAUCCCCAGGAAGGAGCUGCACCAUGGCAAAGGCGUCCAGAUGCCAGGCUGGCUCUCCUACAGCCUGCACUUUGGGGGCAAGAGGCACGUUAUCCACAUGCGGCGCAAGAAACUCUUCUGGUCCAGGCAUCUGCUGGUGAUGACUCAGGAUGACCAAGGUGCCUUGCAGAUGGACUACCCCUUCGUCCCUCCUGACUGUUACUACCUCGGCUACCUGGAGGAGGUUCCUCUUUCCAUGGUCACCCUGGACACGUGCUAUGGGGGACUGGAAGGUAUUAUGAAAUUGGAUGACCUUGCCUAUGAGAUCAAACCCCUCAGCAGUUCCCAAAGAUUUGAACACAUUGUUUCUCAGAUAGUGGCAGACAGCAUUGCAACAGUCCCUACCUAUAAACUGGGACUGAAGGAGGACAGGGACCCCUUGUUCUCUCAAGCAAAUGCCAGUGUAGUUACACGGCUCUCAAGUAAGAUGUAUGCAUCUCAUCAUGGAUAUGUGAAAUCGCUUGCCUUAAGUUCGCACUCAAUGUACAGUGUGUUCAACAACGUGUCUAAAUGUGCCCAAUUUCUAAUAUCGGUAUUUAAUUUGAUUGACACAUUCUUUUUAGGACUUGAUAUAAAUUAUUACGUUGCAUUCAUUAUUAUAUAUAAUCAACGAGAUCCAAAUGUCCUUAACAAUUAUCACCCGACGGAUAGUCCAUAUGGUCGAUAUUAUGUCUACAACUUGUAUGCACUUCUUGCACCACAUUCAUCCAUAAUUAUGAUUAAAAAUGUGCCACAGGAUGCUGAAUUUGAACCCAUCGCAUAUGCAAUUUGCAAUCGUGGUAACCUCAUCAUGCUAGGAUAUCUAGACAGACAGUAUUUAAUAUUGGCUAUUGUAGGAGCACAAAAGGUCGCGAGAAGUUUUGGUGUAUACUAUGACAAUCCUUAUUGUUCCUGCCAGAGAAGGUCCAAGUGUAUUAUGAACAACUACUUUGCUCUGACAGACUCUUUCAGUAACUGUUCCUUCAUGCAUAUACAGCACAUACUGGGUGGUGGCGUAGCUGAAUGUAUUUACAGCUCUGAAAUGGUGUAUUUUAAUAAAAGCUUGACUCGGGAGCAUUGUGGCAACUACAGAGUGGAUCCCCUUGAACAGUGUGACUGUGGCUCCUUCAAACAGUGUUAUAGCAAUCUCUGCUGUCAUAACGAUUGUACCUUCACUACUGGAAGCAUAUGUAAUACAGGCAGAUGCUGCACAAACUGCACCUAUUCCCCUGCUGGGACACUCUGCAGGCCAAUCCAAACUGUGUGUGAUCUUCCAGAGUACUGCCGAGGAGGGUCCUUGACAUGCCCUGAUGAUUUCUAUAUGCAAGAUGGAACCCCGUGCACUGAAGUGGGCUACUGUUAUCAUGGAAACUGUACUGACCGCUCUGUGCACUGCAAAGAAAUCUUUGGUAAAAAUGCUGUGAAUGGUGCAGAUGUAUGCUAUACCAUAAAUAGAAGAGGUGAUAGAUAUGGACACUGCAGAAGAAAGGAGAGGUUAAUGGCCAGUACGGCUUGUAAUCUAGAAGACAUUCAGUGUGGAAGACUGCAGUGUAGCAAUGUCACUCAUCUCCCUCGGUUGCAAGAACAUGUGGGAUUCCAUCAGUCUAAGAUAUCAGGGGUCUGGUGUUUUGGAUUGGAUUCACAUCGUGGCACAGGAACAAAUGAUGUUGGUCAUGUGCGAUCUGGUACUCCCUGUGCUCCUGGAAAGUUCUGUCAAAAUACCUACUGCAAUGGCACUAUAGCUCAGCUGAAGUAUGACUGCAUCCCUGAAAAAUGCAGUCACAGGGGCAUUUGCAACAACAACAGGAACUGUCAUUGCCACAUAGGCUGGGAUCCUCCACGGUGCAUUGAUCGAGGUGCUGGUGGGAGCACAGACAGUGGACCCCCUCCAAGAAGAAUGCGGGCAGUCAGGCAAAGUCAUGAGUCAGUGAUAUAUCUGAGAGUGGUCUUUGCUCGAAUCUAUGCCCUGAUAGCCACACUCCUCUUUGGCGUUGCUACCAAUGUAAGAACCAUUAAGACGGUUGUAGUUAAGGAGCAGAUAGUCCAUGAGGGCAAUCCAUAA